UCAAUAACAUCUCUCUCAUCAAUAAGAAAUUUUGAUGGAGUUAGACUGCUUAAUUAAAUAGGUUGCCUUGAAGUUAUUAGGCUUUCUGAAUUUAUAAUAUCCAAUGACCCCCAAUGGAGAACAUCUGAAGGAAGACUUUUCAGCAUCUCCGUCCACAGGAAAGCGGCUCGGUCAGACAGAGAAUAAGACUUGGAGGUUUCUUAUCUUUCAGUGAUGGCUAUCAACACUGACACUGCCUUUGGGAAAAGCGCCCUCGGCGAGAGGGAAGUUUCCAAUCCCAGCGAUUUCCAUGACACGCAGAAGCUGCUGAGCACCGCGACCACCGAGCCCAGCGGGCAGAGCAACAUCAAGCCGUCCGACUCCUUCUCCCUCAACAUCAGAGGGAGCGUCCGGUCCCUGGACUCGGACCAGAACGGACACAGAUCACCGCUGAAGUCGGGUUCCAUCGGGCAGCUGGCGGCCACACCCAAGUCCUUGUCCCGGCUCAGCCUGGGUCCGCUGCCCUCCCCGGUGCCGCCCGGUUCCUCACCCCCGAAUUACCUUUGGCUCGCUGUGCUGUCCUGUUUCUGCCCCGCCGUGCCGCUCAACAUAUGUGCCUUGUGGUAUGCAAAUGUGUCGAGGUCUGUUCUCCAUACAGGAGAUAUUGAAGGAGCGAGGAAGUAUGGGCGCCUGUCUAUGCUGCUCAGCUGUCUGGCAAUGCUGCUGGGUGUGGCUAUCAUCAUCUUCAUAGUUUUAACAAUAGAGUCCCAGCAGUGAACUGAGGGAUGGAAGGAAUCUCCUUUAAACUUCAUCUGAUCUCACAUUUGCACAGAAGAGAGAGGAGUAGGAAAAUAUUCUGAAAAAGAAAAAGCACACAAUCUGAGUUGAAGACAUGGCAAAAACUUCCUGCUGUGUCUACUAUGGGCGAGAGAAAGAAAAAAGGGGGGAAAGUUGCAGGUCGUUUCUCUUUUUUUCUGGUAACGCUCACGCCCAGUAACCCCACAAAAACUCAGGAACAAAGAAAGUAAAGUGACAGCUGCACACAGUCCUAGUGUCGGAUCAUCAGAGAGCACACUCUGUGGAGAAACUGUAAAACUCCUCAUAGUCCAAAUGAGCAGUGCACUGAGGUCCACACCUGCCUGACACACAAGACAAUCAAUAUGGAACUACAUUUUGCUUAUUUAAAAAAAUCACAUGCAUUAGACUAGAGGCAUUAGGUAAGAGGAUGUCCUAAAGACUAAAGACACAUACCAUCAUUAUCAAAAAACAAACACAAAAUAAGAUUUGUAUGUGUAAAGACUAAUUGUGUUCAGACAAAAACAAAAAGACAUCAGUGCACCUCUCUGUAAUUCUCUUUACAUUUGCAACAAAGUACGGACUGGCGCUUCUUUCUGUUCUAUCGGCACGGGACUUUUGUGUCUGUGGGAAGAUGUAUAAACCGAUUUCAUACACUGUUUACAUCACGUUUAAAACUCAUGUAUGUGCAUCACAACAACGCCCUGCUGCAGUCAUAGUGUGAUAUCCUGCUUUGCGUGUUGCACAGAUUCUACAGAACUGCCUGGAUCUCCGCACUUCAUUACGUUUACGAUAUACUAACAAGAUAUGAAUGGGUUCGUUCUCCCUGUAUGCACUGUUCUUGGCACUCUGAUGUUGAUGUUUAUACGUUUAUACUGUAUGACUGGUUUACUGUGCCAUAGUUCUGCAUGUCUGAAAUAAACUUGAAUGAGCAUGAUAA